CUUACCAUUCUGUAGCUCCUUCUAAUUACUCCUACUCUGAUCUCUGUAUAGAAGCUCCGGUUCCCGGAAGAUAUGUGUCCAAGAGAGAAAGGGCGCUUUUGGGUUCGCCACCGUCGGUACCGAACCUCGACCAUCUGGGUCCUCCAGUCGUGACUCAAUCUGUUAUGGGAAGUAUUUCAGAUUCAGAUCUGCCACAUGACAUUUCCUCACUAUUGAGACAAAAAACAAAGGGCCAUGCACAGCUAAGUCAAAUAUCUGAGAGGCUAUCUUGUGCUCUUCGUGGGCACACAAAGGCUGUUAAUGCUGUUCAUUGGUCACCUAGUCAUGUCUACAGCUCAUCUUCUUGCUUCUGCUGGGAUGGAUCAUACAAUCUGCAUAUGGAAUGUAUGGAGCAGAGGUCAGAAGAAGUCACGAGUUUUUAACUUUCACAAUGGAGCUGUCAAAGAUGUUAAGUGGUCGCAGCAAGGAUUAUUUGUGCUUUCUUGUGGAUACGACUGCUCAUCAAAGUUAAUUGAUGUUGAAAAAGGAAUAGAAACGCAAACUUUCAAGGAGGAUCAAGUUGUUGGAGUUGUAAAGUUCCACCCAGAUAACCCCAAUCUAUUCCUUUCUGGGGGUUCAAAAGGCCUACUCAGAUUGUAUGAUAUCAGAAUUGGGAAGGCAGUUCAUGAAUACCUUCGUGGUCUAGGUCCUAUUCUGGAUGUUGAAUUUACCAGAAAUGGUAAACAGUUUAUAUCUUCCACUGAUGUAUCACAAAGCAAUAUCAGUGAAAAUUCUAUUAUUGUUUGGGAUAUCUCAAGAGAGGUUCCGCUGUCUAAUCAGGUUAGAGACUCCUUUAAAUAUUUUUUACUUUCAAUCAGUGAGAUUUUCAUGGUAGAGCUGUUCCCAGUUCCCACCAUCUUCUGUUUGUCUCACCUGCAGUAGUCAUUCUUUUCUUGGGAAGCAAAGUUACCAUGUAGAGCAAAUUAGUCUCAUUUCUGAGAUUCUUGUGGUCAUUAAAAAGGAAAAAGAAGUCAUGAAAAAUAUUUCCUUGUGUGUAUGGAAGAGAAUAGAUGCAUGAUCACCCA